AUGGAAAACCAGUCAGCGCGUGCGUAUUGCCGGCAAGCCCCGCAAGGCGGGGCUGAAGGCGGGGUCCGAGAUGGGGCCGACCAGCGCUUGCGCACCGGAGAGGAGCUUGGCGGGUCGGAGCCGGAGGCGGAGACUAUCGGCGCGUGCGUACUGGUGCGCAGCUUCGGGGCUCUUACGUGUUCCGCCGUUUUCCAUGAUCUCAGCUGUCAGGAUGGGGAGAGGGCAGCUAGGCUGCCUCCCCAGGCCUGGCCGCCAACACUGCCAACACCACUGCCUGAGGAGGAGAGCAGGGAGAGGCUGGUGGAGCUGCAUGCCUCCUUCAGGGAACUGUUCACCUUCUUCUGCACCAACGCCACCAUCCACGGUGCCAUUCGCCUUGUCUGCUCCAGCCAGAACCGCCUCAAGACAGCGUCCUGGGGGCUGCUGUUCCUGGGCACCUUGGGCAUGCUCUACUGGCAAUUUGGGCUUCUCUUCGAUCAGUACUGGCGCUACCCAGUCAUCAUGUCGGUGUCUGUGCAUUCAGAGCGCAAGCUCUUCCCAUCCAUCACUCUGUGUGACAUGAACCCACAUCGGCCGAGCUCCAUCCGCCACCAUCUGCAGGCUCUGGAUGAGUUUGCCCAGGAGAAUAUUUACACAUUGUACAAGUUUAACUUCAGCAAGGACUGGGGGGACACCUUCGCUGACAUCCCUGGCCCCGAGCCCUCCUUCCAGCUGGACCGUGGGAUCCGUCUGCAGAAGUUGAACCACCCAGACAGCCAGCACAAAGUGGGAUUCAGACUGUGUAACAGCACCGGUGGUGACUGCUUCUACCGCACUUUCUCAUCCGGCGUGACAGCCAUCCGGGAGUGGUACCACUUCCACUACGUGAACAUCCUGGCCCUGUUGCCCACUGCCCACGAGGACCACCACCAAAGCCACGGCGGCCACUUCAUCUUCUCCUGCCGAUAUGACAACAAGAACUGCCAGGCCCGGCACUUCCGGACAUUCCACCACCCCACCUAUGGCAGCUGCUACACCUUCCAUGGUGUCUGGACUGCACAGCGCGCUGGCAUCACCCAUGGGAUCAGCCUGGUCCUCAGGGCUGAGCAACAGGACCACCUUCCUCUGUUGUCCACGGAGGCUGGCAUCAAGGUCAUGGUUCAUGGGCACAACCACACACCCUUUCUGGAACACCAUGGCUUUAAUAUCCGGCCAGGGACAGAGACAACCAUUGGCAUUCGUGAGGAUGAGGUGCACCGGCUUGGGAGCCCCUACAGCCACUGCACAGACAGCGGGGGGGGAGGAGUGGGCAUGCCGCUGCUGUACAACACCUCGUACACCAUGCAGGCAUGCCUGAUGUCCUGUUUCCAGCAAUUAAUGGUGGAGACUUGCUCCUGUGGCUACUACUUCUACCCCCUGCCGGCUGGGGCCCAGUACUGCAGCUAUGCUCGCCAUCCCGGCUGGGGUCACUGCUUCUACCGUCUCUACCAUGACCUGGAAACCCACCAGCUCCCCUGUGCCUCCCGCUGCCCCAGGCCUUGCAGGGAGUCUUCCUACAAGCUAUCCGCAGGGACAUCCAAGUGGCCUUCUGACAAGUCUGCAGUGAGUCCUCUGAAGGGAAAGGUGGAGGGGCACAUAACCAGGCAGACCUCACGAGUUACACGGAGCCCACCGGAGACAGGGGCAGGGCUGGGGCUAACCCAGCCUGCAGCCCUGUGGUCUCUUCCUCACACCCAUCCAUGUUGGUGGGAGGGAUGGCCACAGAGAGCCUUCUGUGUGCAGGACUGGAUCCUGGCUGUGCUUGGUGAACGGAGGAGCCCUUGGAGCCAGAGCCUGAAUCGGAGCAAGAGGAGCAACAUGGCCAAAGUGAAUAUCUUCUACAAAGAGCUCAACUACCGGACUGUGGAUGAGGUGCCUGUGUACUCGGUGCCACAGCUGCUCUCGGCCAUGGGCGGCCUCUGGAGUCUGUGGUUUGGCUCAUCUGUCCUGUCUGUCCUGGAGCUGCUGGAACUGCUGCUGGAUGCCACGGCUCUCGCCCUGCUUUUGGGCUAUCGCCGGCUCUGCAGGGCACAGACACCACAGCCGGGGGCCAGCACUGCCUCAGGGGCAUCGCAAAUCACAGCAGAGGCCAGCGAGAUGCCCCCCAACUGCAGACAUGGCGUCAAACAUCCAGGAGGCCCAGCUGGCGUCAUCACUCAUGGGCACUUCCAGGGGCUCUGGUGGGACUCUCAGCUAAAGAGUUAGGCUGAGCUCUAGUCCCUGGAGACUCCUAACACCUGAAAUAGCCUUGCCAAGGCCAUCGGCCACUUGGCCUGGUCCUGGGAGCUGUGGCAGACAUGAGCUUUGGCUGCCCAAGGAGGGCCAGAUCGGCCCCCGAAGGCCU